AUGAUGCUCCUCACCGUGGCGAUACCCACUCUGGCCCUCCUUCCUCUGCCCAGCCGGGCGCCUGUGCACGCGGUGCUGCUGCGCCGAGCGGCGCGGCCUGCGAUGUCGCUGGACGAGCGGCGAUCGGAACUGCCGCCAAAGCCUCUGCUCGCGGCGGUCGAGCGGAGGGCUGGCGGCCGCGUCAGCGCUGCAGACAUCGCUGCCGCCGCCGGCUUGGACCUGCAAGAGACGCGGCGGGCGCUGCUCGUCCUCGCGCGGCUGGUCGGGGCCGACCUGCAGGUGGCGUCGGACGGCGAGCUCUUCUUUGUCUUUGGCGAAGACGUCAAGCGGCGGCUGCGGCGCGCGUCGCUGCGCGCUCGGGCGGGCGAGGCGUGGGACACCGCUUCGGUGCCUCUCUUUUGGCUGCUCCGUGCCAGCUUCGGCGUCGCGCUGCUCUCAUCGCUCACGAUCGCCGUCACUGCGAUCGCGGCGCUGAUGGCCAGCUCGAGCAAGUCCGACUCCGACUCGGGACGCGGCGGGUCCUCGCUCACGAUGCUGCCGUACAACAUGUACCGCCCGACGCCCGAGGGAGAGCUCGGCUUCCUGCAGUCGUGCUUCUCGCUCCUCUUCGGAGACGGAGACCCGAACGCCGACUUCCGCCGCCGCUCCCUCGCCGCCGCCGCCGCGCUCAUCCGCGCCGAGGGCGGCGCAGCGGAGCAACUCGCGCCGCUGCUCGCGCCGGCCGAGCUCCCGCCCGACGAGAGCGAGGCCGACGGCGCCGACGCGACGCUCGUGCGCGAGCCAUGGGUGACGGACGCGCUGGUGGCGCUCGGGGGCGAGCCGACCGUCACCGAGGAGGGAGACAUCGUCUACGUCUUCUCCGAGCUGAUGGCGUCCGCCGGCGAGGAGGCGCCGCCCCGCACGCUGCCCGCAGCGGGCGGGGCGAUGGUGAGGAGCGGCGCCGCCUCCGCCUCCUCCGCCGCGGUGUACGACGCGCUCCGGUGGAGCGAUCAGCCGCAGGCGUGGCGGCCGGCGGCAGGCGAGCCCGUCCUCGUGUCCGCGCUCGACAUCGAUGCGCGGCGGCGGCUCGGCCGGAGCUACCUCUUCUCUGCCGAGGCUCGGCGGCAGAGCUUCGAAGACUCGCUCGUGCUGCCUCGAUCGCUGGUCGGGAGCUCGGGCGUCGUGGCGGGCGAGACGAGCGCGCUGCUCGCCCCUCCCCUCCCGCGAGGCGCCUCCUCGGACCCGGGCUCGGAGCCCUCCCUAGGCGACGAGCGCGACUCGCUCCCCUUUCGGGUGCGGGUUGAUACGGCCUCCGGGCCAGUCGAGGCGUACUUUCUGCGCUCCGAGCUGCGGCCCGUGCCGGCCGAGCUGGUCGGCGGCUCCGUCGCGGCGCUGGUCGAGCUGCCGCAGCGCUUCUCCACCGCGCCGCCCGGCCAGCUCGUCGCGGCGGGCGCGCUCGGCGCCGCGAACCUCGUCGCCGUCGGCUACCUCGGCCUCCUGCUCCGCUCCGCGCGCGCCUCGGCGCUGCCCGCGGCUGGCGCCCUCGGCGCGCUCUACCCGCCGCUGCUCGCCUACGCGCUCGGCUUCGUCGGCGUGCCGCUCGUGCGCUCUGCCGUGGUGCGGCGGCGCAACCGCAGGACGGAGCAGCGCAACGCCGCCCGCCGUGCGUGGGCCGCCGCGCUCGCGUCGAGGCCGGCGGGCGCGCUGCGGCGCAAGCUCGCGUCCGCCAAGCGGCUGCGGCCGCGCUUGCGGCGCGCGGCGGACGCGCCCGUCGAGUAUAGCAGCGCCGAGGGCUUCGGCGAGGAGGCGGAGGCUGCCCAGAGGGACGUGAUCGCCGCGGACUUUGAUGCGCGCCUCGCGGCGGCGGCAGAGGCGGCGCCGGAUGAGUCGCCGGGUGGGCCUUGA